AGAAAGCGACUUGGAAGAGGUGACCUUCAAACUGGACCUCCAUGGUGAUGGGAGGAAGGGAGUUCAUUCCUGCCGCAGGGAACUCAUCCUCUCUUUCCGUUCAGCUGCGGGCAGAGAGUGCCUAGGCACCCCAAGCCCUAUUCCUCAUCCAGUUCCUGGAUGAAAGGAGGCUCGCCAUUCUUGACUCCCAAGCUGCUGGCCUUCCCAGUCUAAAGCAACAGGUGUAAGGGAGCUCAGUCCUCCUCCGCCUCCUCCUCCUCCGCUGCAUCUGGGAGCUAGCUAGGCUGGGGCGGAGCCCUAGCUUUCUCCUCCAGGGAGCCCUCAGGGCUUUGCCCUGGUCCCCCAGGAGCGGUCCAAAUCCCACCCGAAAUGCUAGCAAAAGAGGAGGGAUUCAGAGAGAGCGGCAAAGAGAAGGAAGAGAAGUGGGAUAGAAAAAGGAGGGAGGAAAUAGCAAGUAGAAAGUGAGACAGAGCAGGGAACGAAGCAGCGCAGGGAGGGCACAGAGGAGAGGGGAACAGAUUAGGGAGGGUCAGAGAGCAAAGAGGGGCAGCCAGAUCGGAGAGGGACAGACCGAGCAGAGGGGUCAGACAGAAGGGAGGGGCACACAGUAGGGAGGGCACAGAGCGGAGGAAGAGGGGCAUAGAUCGCUGAGGGGCACACCAAGCGUAGAGAGCACAGCGUGGAGAGGGAGCGAGGCAGGGCUGCGGAGAGGGAUAGAGAUAGGAGAGAAGGAGGAGGGGACGUGGCUACAGCGGGCGAAUCCUCCGAGGCUUCCUGCCUGGCAGGAACCGGAGGCGCUAGCCGGGCUCCCCGUGUCCUCCGCCUCCUGCUGCUGCUGCCGCCGCCGCCGCCACUGCUACUCUUCGGCGUUCCCCUUUCACCGCCCGCGCGGCUCGUGCGCCCCAGUCCCAGCCCCCGGCCUCAAACUUCCGCGGGCCCCCCAGGGAACCCGCGAGAGCGCUGAGGGAGCCCGGGGCGCGGGCGGGGUCUUGCGCCUGAGCCUGGCCCCGUUGCUCGGGCCGCCGGGCCGCCCGGAGCCGGGGCCGGGGCCAGGGCCGCGGUGGCGGUGGGGUGGCGCUGCCCGGCCCGGGAGACAUGAGCGGGCAUCCCUGUCCCAGACGGAAGGAGAACGGCCGUUCACCGCUCGGCCCGUGAUGGGCUCCUGCGUCUCCCGAGAAUUGUUCACAAGUGCCCACAAGGACUGCCCUUUGCCCAGGGGCAUAGAUUGCCCAGCCCCAGGCCUCCCUUCUGGCUGCCUUCCCUCUGAUGCUCCAGACCAUGUCACCAGUAAGGAAAAACAAAUGGAUUUCUGUUGGGAUCCCUGGCAGAAAUGCUUCCGAACUCCCAAUGGCUUCCUCUCUGAGUCCAAGGCUUGUUCGAGUAACUACAAUGUGGCCGCCCUAGCCACCUCAUCCCUGGUGGGUGUGGUACAAAGCAUCAAGGACCACAUCACGAAGCCAACAGCCAUGGCCAGGGGCCGAGUGGCCCACCUGAUCGAGUGGAAGGGCUGGAAUGCCCAGCAGUCUGGCUGGGACCCAUCUCCAGCAGAGGAGGAACAUUAUAGCUACCUACCUGAUGAGCUGAGGGAGGCCCGAUUUGCUGCAGGGGUUGCUGAACAGUUUGCCAUCACAGAAGCCACAUUGAGUGCCUGGUCCUCAAUAGAAGAUGAGGAGAUGUGCCAGGGAGAGAGUUCCCAGGAUGUCAUCCCACUGCAGGACCUUGGGAGCAUGUACCUGCAGGACAGCCUCCUGAGUGGGCCCUUGCUGGACAGCAGCCUCCAGGCCUUCUCCUCCUCACUCUCUUCAUCCCUUCCUGCUCCUGGCCAGCCUGCUGAGAAUUGGGACUCACCUGAGGAGCCAUCCACAGUGGAGCCAUGGCCUCCCAGUCCUCAAAAGCAGCAGCUGCUGCUAGAAGUGGAACCAGAAGCUGUUGAAGAUCAAACCCAAGCAGAGCCCAAGACCCAGCUCCACAGUUCUCUGCGCUAUGUGGACAGCAGCUCCCUGUCAGAGGAUGAGGUCUUCUAUAACUGAGGCUGGGCCCUAGGCUGGCACUGGGGUGGCCCAGAGAAAGACACCAGGAGAAGGAAGGAGGAUAAGGGGCCCCUCCUUUCUUCACUGACCCCAUUGACCUCCCUGCCCUGAUGCUCAUACCAUACCAAGGGGUGCCAACAGGGGCCUGCUUGUCCCUAUCAGCUAUGGCUUGGAACCCAUGGUGCAUCAGAGUUCCCAAUGUCUAGAGUUGAGGGCUGUAGUGCUGGACCUAUGGCUCUCUUUGGGUCCUUUGACAUCUUGAUGGGAUGAGCAAGUUAGGAAGUGGGUAGGCAUGGGGCCAUGGUGGAGUCACAAAGGAAGACUCCUUAGGAAACCAAUUGGUGCCUCAGUUUACCCCCCUGUUCAAUGGGAGCCAUAUCUUCCUGCCCUUUCCCUUUCCCUUUCAAUUUGGGGGGUAAGACUGGACAGAAGCUGGCUCAGGGGUCUCCUCUAUGCCCCCCAUUCCCACUGCCUCUGACCUUCCUUAGCCUCUCCUUAGGGCCCAGCAGGAUACUGAGCUCUGUGACAUCAAGAGUUGUACCUGAGAAAUCUUCCAUGGAGGCAUGGAGGGCACUUGAAGAUAGCAAGUGAUUGAAUGGGGGGAGGGUCUGAAGCCCUGGAUUUCACUCUCAGUUUCCCCCCACACCUCACACUUCUAUCUGGGAUAAGCUGUCUAACCCCUCCCUCCCUCAAUGCUUCUUCCUGCCCCCUUCCGCCAGCCCUCCUGCUACAAGGUGGGAAACCCCUCCCCUGGCAGCUAAAGGUCCCCUCUCGUCACUGUGAGUGUCUGUCCAUUCUCACACCAUAGCACUUCCUGGACACCCCAGGGAUUGGUUCCCAAGUUGCUGGAGAACCUUCCCUGAAGUCUCCCAACAGGGCCCCCUUGGUGGACAGUCGUCCUCUCUUUCCACUCUAUCCCUCCUCUCCCCUUCCCGCCAUGUUCUUGAAGACAUUAAAGUGGUGGAUUUGUCCUGUA